UAAAAAGCAUAUAUAGUUGAUACUACUUUUUAGAUUCCAUUUCUAACAACAAUAUUAUAAUACCAUAAUUUUCCAUCAUAAAGUUCAUUCUCAUGAAAUACUUAUGCUCUUUCCACAAAUUGUAUAAAUUUUGAGAUAUCUAUAUUUGAUGAUAAGUAUUUAAGUAAAGGAUAUAUUUGCAUGUGUACUAUACACGUAUGUAGUCGUAUUCUUAUAUAAAUAUAAUAUGAAGUGACAUUUAAACAUAUAUAUACAAAUAUACAUAGUCUACAAUUAACAUAUGUCAUGUUCAGUAUUCUUCAUAUUUACUAAUAUAAUAACAAAAAGAAUACCAAAUACUUUCGCAAAAUAAAGUAUGUAUGAUAUAUAUAUUUUAUCAAAAUACGAGAUGUUCCAAAGUUAACAGUGCUGGACUAAUAUAUUUCGAUUAUAAAAUUAGAUUACAACCUACUCAUAAUAUGUUGCAUUUAAUGAGAGAAAACUUAGAAAAAAUACACUAUUCACAUUAAAUUACGGUAUAAUUUGGAAUAAUGGACAAUUUAUCUGAUUCAUUUAAAGGAGAGUUAGAUUCUGUUACAUCAACAGAUUCUCUGCAAUUGAUGGCCGAUGAAUUUCAUAUUAGACACUUAUCAACACCAGAUGUUUCAAAUAUAGAAUUAUCAAAACGUGUUGCAUUAUUAGAAUUAGAAAAUGAGCGACUUCGAAUAGAUUUAGAAAAUAUGCGUAUUGAACUCAAUGCCAGAAUUGCUGCUAAUGAAGGGCUUAAAGGAAAAAUCACAGAAUUGUAUGUAGAAAUGCAGUUAGUAGUUCAGGAAAAACAAAAAUUACAAAAUACUCUAACAGAUGUAAAAAAUCAUUUAGAUGCAUCAGAAGCAUCUGUAAAAUGGUAUCAAUCUCAAGUACAUGGUCUACAAGCAAGCAAGAAAACAUUACAAUUAGAAAUUGAUACUUAUCAAGGAAUUUUGCAGCAAAGACAGCAAACAAUAGCAAACAUAAAUGCUAGAUAUAAGCAAUUAAACAUAGAUUAUACAGAACUUCUUCAAAAACAUAGAAAAGAAAAGCAAGACUUGGAAUAUGAGGUACAAAACUUAAAGACACAAAAUCAAUCAAACAGUAUUUUAGAAUCAUUAGAUAUCAAUACAUCAAGUUCUCCAGAUGUCUCCACAAAGUUAGAAUUAACAGAAGAUGAAUUAAGAGAUACAAAAGCAGAGUUAAAAACAUUAGAAAAACGACUUUUAGGUAAUGAAGUUUCCAAAACAUUGAUGGAAAAUGCUUUGGCUAAGCAACGUAUAUUAAUUACAACUAUGGAAGAAAAUAUACAGAAAUGUGAAACUGAGAAAAAUCAAACUGCUGAUACAUUGCGUAAAACGCAACUUGAAAUUCAAAAGUUAAAAUCUGAGAAUGAAGCAUUACAGACUACUCUGUUGUCUUCUAAACAGGAACAAAGUCAGAUAGAAGAUGCAAUCUUUCAAUUGCGAUUACAGUUAACUAAAAUGAUUGCACAAUAUAAACUUUUAAAAUCAAAAAAUAUAGAAGCAGAGGAAAAAUUGAAUUCAAUGCAAGAUGUAAUAAAUGAAAAUAAACGUUUAAAAACAUUAUCAUAUGAAGCUAACACUGCUUUAAUCAGGAAACUUAGACAAGAAAAACGAAAAGUUAAAAGUUUAGAAAAUAAACUUCAUGGAAUUCAAAUAAAGGGACAUUUAACCACAAUGAAAAACAAAAUGGAAGUUUCUUUACAUGAAUGCCUAAAACAGGUUUUAAUGAGAAAUAAAGAUUUGAAAGAUCAAUUGAAGGCACUAGCAAAAACUUCGGAUGAAAGUAUUGAUGAAGGAUAUGGUGACAACAGUAUUGUUAGUUCUGUUUCUAUAGACAUUCCCUCACCAAAAUCUAUCAGUCCAGUAUUAUUAGAUGCAGCUUCCAAUAUUUUGCUGCAAUGUAAGGACUUUUAUAAACCAGUACAAACAGAACUUGAACAGUUAAAAUUAAAACUUAAUAAACUAAAGGAACAAUAUACUACAUAGUAUUAAAUUAUUUUCAAUCAUUUAUGAUUUUAUUACAUAUCCAAUGACUGGUAUUCAUAAUAUUGAUUAUAAAUUAAUUGUAAAUAUACUAACUUAUUAUUAAUUUUAUAAUUUUAUUGUUAUAAGCAUCCUAAGUUGAACAUUUAUUUGUAUAAAUUUUUUUUCAAAACUAACAAUUUAUACAUUCCUAAUCGAGAUGAAAAUGCUAUGCACAAUUUUAAAUACAAAAUACAAUAAAAAAAGAAUUAUUUUUAUUUGUUACUAAAUUAUAUUAACUCAAGAUUGAAACAAAGAUAUGAAUGUAUUAAUAUUACAUACAUAUCGCUAAAUUAUUAUAUUGUUACUUUUAUAAUAUAUCCUAUCUGUUAAUUUUCAUAAAAUGAAUGUAAUAAAAGAGUCAGAUUCUAUUUUAUAAACGUUGAUUCCUUUCAUUUGUAAGUAAUAUCUAUUAUAAAUGUUAUAUAUAUUUUUUUAUGAUAAAUAUAUAUAUAGUCACUUCACAGAUAUUUUUAAAAUACUUUUUACAUACCUUUUUCUUGAUAAAUAAGAAUUAUAAUGAAAUGACUUUUUUUAAGUAGAAAAAGUGAAAAUUACUAUUUUGGCAACAUUUGUGAUAUGGUAUAUAACAUGGGAAAAUAAGAAUUUUAUGUAAAUAAUGUGCUUUGUUCUAAUGCAGUGACAUUGGAUUAAUGAAAUAGAAAUUGCAAUAUCUAAUGAAGUCUUAGGAUUUUAUCAGAAGUUUUAGAAGCUAUUAACUUUGCAACUAAGCAAUAAUAAUAUAGAAAAUUAUAGAUUUCAGAAAUAAUAAAAUAAAUAAAGGGUCAAUAAUAGAAGACAAAUAUAUACUUAAGACAAAUAUAUGAAAUAUAGGAUUUUAUAGAACGAGAAUUGAAUGUUUUAUUAAGUCUUUUAUUAAGCUGUUUGUAACAUAUUUUGCAUUAAUUAUUUCGAAAACACUAUAAAUAUUAUUAUAUUAUAAUUCAUUUUAUUUUUAAUUAGCCAUACAUUAAAAUUUUAUUCAUGGGAAAUUUUUUUGUUUAUUGCAUUUAAUAUUUGCUUAAUAUUAGUGCAAUUUAUAUAUAAAAGAUUUUUUCAUUGAAUAUUUUUAUUACAUUUGUAAGAAACAUAUAUCAAGAUUACAAAGAUUCUAUAGUUAUAAAUACAUACUGAACUUCCAAUUUUUAAUUUUUGGCAUAAAAAGUUAUGUACAUACAUAUUUAUAAAAUAAGCGUACUGAAAAUUGAAUUACACUUUUCUUCUCUUAAAAAUAUCACAGGUAAAUAUAGUAUCGAUAUAAAGAAAACAACAAAGUUUUACUUUGAAUGUAUUGAACUAAAUAUAAGUUCUUUGGUACUUGUAUGUAUAAAUAAAUAUUAUAUAAAAUAAGUUUAAAAAUAAAGAAAUAUUAUUCUUUCAAUCUGA